GUGGCCCGGUCAGUUUCAAAGUGAAUCUCCCUCCCUCUGGGUAACUCUUCAUCCUGGGAGGGAGACAGAGAUGGGAGCAGGGGAAACUGUUCACUUGUAGCAACUGGAGUGAAUCCAGGGAGGGAGCAGACUCCGCAAACUCAGAAUUUUUGAAGAUUUGAAGAGGGAAGCUUUAAAAUCAACAGAUGAAGGGCUUAUAACCGAAACAUUGACCCUCCUGCUCCUCGGAUGCUGCCUGACUCCCCUGUGAUUUUCCAGUGCCACGUUUUUCGACUGACUCUCCAGCAUCUCCGGUCCUCACUUUGAUGUCAAUGUCUAACAGUCACUCAGUCCACUGGGGCCAGCAAAGAUUUUCGCCGUGAUUUCUGAGAGAGGGAUCAACGCUUUUUGGUUCCUGUCUGAGUAUGUUUUCAGCAUCAGUGGGACUGGACGAGAGACCACACUGUUGGAGCGCACUGUGUGUGGAGCCUGAAACAGUUAUACGGCCUGGGAAGGGGAUUUCACGGCAGGGGGGGGCUCUACACGUGUUUGUGAGCAGCUGAAGCUGUGGCCAUGGAGAAACCCGAGGAAUCCCGCCCUGUGGAGAAACCGUGGAAGUGUGGAGACUGUGGGAAAGGCUUCCGUUUCCUGUCUGCCCUGGAGAUUCAUCUGCGCAGUCACACCGGGGAGAGGCCAUUCCCCUGCACCGACUGUGGGAAGGCCUUCAGACAUUCCUCCCACCUGCUGGCCCACCAGCAGGACCACACGGGGGAAAAACCCUUCAGCUGCCCCGAGUGCGGGAAGGCCUUCGUGUUUUUCUCUGCCCUGUUGGCCCACCAGCGGGUCCACACAGGAGAGAGACCAUUCAGCUGCCCAGAGUGCGGGAAGGCUUUUACCAACAACUCCAACCUGCGGACCCACCAGCGGAUCCACACGGGGGAAAGGCCCUUCAGCUGCCCCAAGUGUGGGAAGGCCUUCAGCAAUUCCUCCGCCCUGCUGUUCCACCAGCAUGUUCACACCGGGGAGAGGCCGUUCACCUGCUCUCAGUGUGGGAAGGGCUUCAUCUGUUCCUCUACCCUGCGGAGCCACCAGCGGGUCCACACCGAGGAGAGGCCGUACAUCUGCUCUCAGUGCGGGAAGGGCUUCACCUGCUCCUCUACCCUGCGGAGCCACCAGCGGGUCCACACAGGGGAGAGACCGUACGUCUGCUCUCAGUGCGGGAAGGGCUUCAUCUGCUCCUCCACCCUGAUGAGGCACCAGCGAGUCCACACCGAGGAGAGGCCGUUCACCUGCUCUCAGUGCGGGAAGGGCUUCAUGUGCUCCUCCGCCCUGCUGACCCACCAGCGGGUCCACACGGGGGAGAGGCCCUUCAGCUGCCCUGAGUGCGGGAAGGCCUUCAGGGAUUCCUCCACCCUGCUGACCCACCAGCGGGUCCACACCGAGGAGAGGCCGUACAUCUGCUCUCAGUGCGGGAAGGGCUUCAGGUAUUCCUCCACCCUGCUGACCCACCAGCGGGUCCACACCGAGGAGAGGCCGUACAUCUGCUCUCAGUGCGGGAAGGGCUUCAUCUGCUCCUCCCACCUGCUGACCCACCGGAGGGUCCACACCGGGGAGAGGCCGUUCAGCUGCCCCGAGUGCGGGAAGGCCUUCAGCAGAUCUUCCUCCCUGCUGACCCACCAGCGGAUCCACACUGGGGAGAGACCUUACACCUGCUCUCAGUGCGGGAAGGGAUUCAGCACAUCCUCCACCCUGCUGACCCACCAGCGGGUCCACACCGGGGAGAGACCGUACACCUGCCCUCAGUGUGGGAAGGGCUUCAGCACAUCUUCCUCCCUGAUGACCCACCAGCGGGUCCACACCGGGGAGAGGCCGUACAUCUGCUCUCAGUGCGGGAAGGGCUUCACCUGCUCCUCCAACCUGCGGAGCCACCAGCGAGUUCACGUGCCAGGACGUUUUCAGCAUCAGUGGGACUGGACGAGAGACCCCACUGUUGGAGCGCACUGUGUGUGGAGCCUGAAACAGUUAUACGGCCAGCGAAGGGGAUUUCACGGCAGGGAGGGGCUCUACACGUGUUUGUGUGCAGCUGAAGCUGUGGCCAUGGAGAAACCCGAGGAAUCCCGCCCUGUGGAGAAACCGUGGAAGUGUGGUGACUGUGGGAAAGGCUUCCGUGUCCCGUCUGCCCUGGAGACUCAUCGGCGCAGUCACACCGGGGAGAGGCCAUUCCCCUGCACCGACUGCGGGAAGGCCUUCAGAGAUUACUCCCACCUGCUGGCCCACCAGCGGAGCCACACGGGGGAAAAACCCAUCAGCUGCCCAGAUUGUGGGAAGGCCUUCAUAUUUUUCUCUGCCCUGUUGGCCCACCAGCGGGUCCACACAGGAGAGAGGCCGUUCAGCUGCCCAGAGUGUGGGAAGGCCUUCAGGUAUUCCUCCACCCUGCGGACCCACCUGCGUUUCCACGCGGGGGAAAGGCCGUUCACCUGCCCUCAGUGCGGGAAGGGCUUCAUCUGCUCCUCCACCCUGCUCAGGCACCAGCGGAUCCACACCGGGGAGAGGCCCUUCAGCUGCCCCGAGUGUGGGAAGGCCUUUACCAACAACUCCUCCCUGAUGAGGCAUCAGCGGGUCCACACAGAGGAGAGGCCCUUUACCUGCUCUCAGUGCGGGAAGGCCUUCAGCAGUUCCUCCCACCUGCUGACCCACCAGCGUGUCCACACGGGGGAGAGACCGUACACCUGCCCUCAGUGUGGGAAGGGCUUCACCCGCUCCUCCCACCUGCAGAGCCACCAGCGGAUCCACACCGGGGAGAGGCCCUUCAGCUGCCCCGAGUGUGGGAAGGCCUUUCGUGUUUCCUCCACCCUGCUGACCCACCAGCGGAUCCACACCGGGGAGAGGCCCUUCAGCUGCCCUGAAUGCGGGAAGGGCUUCACCCGCUCCUCCCACCUCCGGAGCCACCAGCGAGUUCAUGUGCCAUCGCAGGGGGAUUUUGGUUCCUGUUUGAGGACAUUUUCAGCAUCAGUGGGACUGGAUCCCACUGUUGGAGCGCACUGUGUGUGGAGCCUGAAACAGUUAUACGGCCUGGGAAGGGGAUUUCACGGCAGGGAGGGGUUCUACACGUGUUUGUGUGCAGCUGAAGCUGUGGCCAUGGAGAAAUCUGAGGAAUCCUGCCGCGUGGAGAAACCGUGGAAGUGUGGGGACUGUGGGAAAGGCUUCCGUUUCCUGUCUGCCCUGGAGAUUCAUCGGCGCAGUCACACCGGGGAGAGGCCAUUCCCCUGCACUGACUGCGGGGAGGCCUUCAGGUAUUCCUCCCACCUGCUGGCCCACCAGCGGGGCCACAUGGGGGAGAGGCUCUUCAGUUGCCCUGAGUGCGGGAAGGCCUUCAGCAAUUCCUCCGCCCUGCUGACCCACCGGCAUGUCCACACGGGGGAGAGGCCAUUCACCUGCUCUCAGUGCGGGAAGGGCUUCACCUGUUCCUCCAACCUCCUGACCCACCAGCGGGUCCACACUGGGGAGAGGCCCUUCAGCUGCCCAGAGUGCGGAAAGGCCUUUACCCAGGCCUCCAUCCUGCUGAGGCACCAGCUUGUCCACACCGGGGAAAGGCCCUUCAGCUGCCCUGAGUGUAGGAAGGCCUUCAGCGAUUCCACCACCCUGCGGAGUCACCGUCACGUCCACACCGGGGAGAGGCCGUUCACCUGCUCUCAGUGUGGGAAGGGCUUCAUCUGCUCCUCCAACCUGCGGAGACACCAGCGUGUCCACACGGGGGAGAGACCGUACACCUGCCCUCAGUGCGGGAAGGGCCUCACCUGCUCCUCCAACCUGCGGAGACACCAGCGGAUCCACACGGGGAGAGGCUGUUCACCUGCUCUCAGUGCGGGCAGGGCUUCAGGAUCUGAAGAUGGAAGUUUCAAAAUCAACAGAUGAAGGCCUAAUGCCCAAAACGUUGACUCUCCUGCUCCUCGGAUGCUGCCUGACCUGCUGUGCUUUUCCAGCACUGCACUAACUGACUCUCCAGCAUCUGCAGUCCUUACUUUGACGUCCAUGUCUGACAAUCAUUCAAUCCAUCAGAACCGCAACAGUUUUCAACUAUGAUUCUGUGAGAAGGAGCAAAGCUUUUUGGUUCCUGUUUGGGUACGUUUUCAGCAUCAGUGGGACUGGAUGAGAGACCCUACCGUUGCAGUGCACUGAGUGAGGAGCGUGUAACAGCUAUACGGUUUGGAAAGAGGAAUUCACGGUGGAGAGAAGCCCCACAUGCGUUUGUGUGGCGCUGAAGCUUCGGCCAUGGAGAAACCCGGGGAAUCCCGCCCUGUGGAGAAACCAUGGAAGUGUGGCGACUGUGGGAAAGGCGUGUUUCCCGUCUGCCCUGGCGACUCAUUGGCGCAGUCACACUGGGGAGAGGCCGUUCCUCUGCCGUGACUGUGGGAAGGACUUCAGCGAUUCCUCCAACCUCCAGACCCACCAGUGGAUCCACAUGGGGAAGAGGCCCUUAAGGCAGGAAGGCCUUUACCCAGGCCGCCUCCUUGCUGACCUCCCAGCGGGAUCACGUGGCAUUGCAGGGGGAUUGAAAGAAAGAUGGCCGAGUGCCUUUACCAACUGGACUAUCAACCCAGUUCCAGUGGCUCCUGAGUUCGAUUCCCACCGCGACAGAUGGUGGAAUUGGAAUUUGGUCAGAAAUCUGGAGUUCAGAAUCUAACGGUGAAACCAUUGUCGGUGGGGUGGGGGUGGAAGAAAACCCCCAUCUGAUUCACUCAGUUCUUUUUUAGGGAAGACUUGAGCAGUUAUUAGAGCAGUCGUCCCAGCUGCAUCCUUUACCCGGUCUGGCCUACACGUGACUCCAGACCCACAGUAGUCUGGUUGACUCUACGCUGCUCAUCCAACUUACUUGGAUACAGGUUGAAAUUGCUGAGUGAGGCAAUACUUCCUCCAGGUUAAGGCUACACCAAGGAUCCAAUUACAAAGGGACAACUCAGUGGUGACCAAUAAUGGAGAAAGUGAGGGGUUGCACUUUGACCUUGAGCUGUUUUUUAAAAUUUGCUACUUUUUCUACGCCUUUCUGCUGGGAGAUUCUGAAGCUGUAACAAAGUU